AUGCCGGUGCAGCAGAUCUCUGUGGUCCCCGCUCGGGAGAUGGCCAAUAACGGCCGGAGCGCCGCUCGCUCCAAAGACAAGACCGAGGCCUGCUCGGGGCUGCAGGCCUGCUCUGGGCUGCAGGUGCGGUUCUAUGGGCCUCUGUGUGUCCUUCACCCCGGGCCUGCUCUGGGCUGCAGGCCGGUGCCACUGGGUCAUGUAGAGGAAGGUUGUGACACAGCAGUGAUGAAGCUGAGCGGCGCGGCAUUAGGCUCCUCUCAGACCGCCUUAGGCUCCUCCCAGCAGGGCCAAACCAGGAAGAAGAAGAAACCAAACAGGAAGAGAGACUCCUGCUCCGCCCCCGAUGCCCCAGCGACCGCACAAGAUGAACCGGUCCAACACAGUGACGACCGCAGUGACCGCAGCUCUGACCGCAUCGGAGAGAGGAGGGAGAGGAGAGGGGAGAGGAGAGGGGAGAGGAGGAGGGAGAGGAGAGGGGAACACCCCCGCCACCGUAGCGCCGCCCCUCCUGAAUCUGAUUCCUCGUCUGACGGGAAGGCGGGGCGGGAGGCCAGAAGCUGGAGCAGGGAGAAAGCCAAGAGGGGACGACGCCGCAGUGGGAGUAGCAGGGAGAGGGGAGGGGGAGAGGGGAUGGAGCUGCGGUCCGUAGGGUCUGAUGAGGGGAAGGAGAACCAAGAGAAAGAGGUUCCACUGGGGAACGGUUCCAGAGUGAAGAACCGGCGAUCAGGAGGAGGAGGAGGGGAGGAGAGCAGGCGGAGCUCCCAGCGCAGGGAGGAGGCGGGGUCUAAGUUCCGUAGCCCCGGCGGUAGCUCAUCAUUGGCUGAGGAUGGAGAGAGGGAGGGACAGAUCACUAAGAAUUACCAGGAGACCGGGUCAGUGGGUGGAGACAUGUCCGUGCCGUCGCCACGGAGAUAUGGGGGCUGCAACGCCCCCGAAGGCUGCUCCGAUGACGAGCCAGAGGUCUGCAGGAUCUGCCAUUGUGAAGGGGAUGAGGAGUGUGUGUUGAUAACCCCGUGCCACUGUACAGGCAGCAUGAGGUUUGUUCACCAGGACUGUCUCAACCAGUGGAUCAAGUCAUCAGACACACACUGCUGUGAGCUGUGCCAAUACAACUUCAUCAUGGAGACUCACCUUAAACCUCUACGUAAGUGGGAGAAGCUCCAGAUGUCGACCAAUGAGAGGAGGAAGAUCUUAUGCUCCCUGAUGUUCCACCUGGUGGCCAUUGGUUGUGUUCUCUGGUCCGUAUACGUCCUCGUCAACAGAACCCUCCACGAGAUCAACCUGGGACGCAACACCGACGACCUGUGGAGAAUAUCAGUGAUGAAGUACUACACUGCUGAGGGUGUGUUGGAGUGGCCGUUCUGGAUGAAGCUGGUCAUCGUGGCAAUAGGCAUGUCAGGCGGACUGGUGUUCAUGUACGUCCAGUGUAAAGUGUACUGGUUGCUAUGGAGACGACUCAAAGCCUUCAAUCGCAUCAUCACUGUGCAGAACUGCCCCGAGAAGCCGCCGCCCACCAACGCCGCGCUGGCCAAUGGGAAUCACCCUGAGGCCGUGGAAGUCCCGAUAGGCCCCGCCCCCGAGGUUAUUCAGAUGGACUCCGACCUCUCUGAGGAAAACCCCGUCUGA